AUGUUGCACAAUGGUGACUUCUCAGCAGCGCUCGCCCUUCGAGAGGGCCUUUUGGCUACUUGGAUUUUGUCCCUGGGGAACUCCCACACAUUCAUUGCAACAUGCUUGAACAACCUGGGACAGGUGCACGAGAGGCGAGCUCUGUCCAUGGAAAACAGUCCAGCCAGAAAAGCGGACAUUGACCAAGCUGAGAGGUAUUACUUGGAAGCUUUGCGCAGACGAAUCCAUCUGCAUGGCGAAGCCCAUGUAUGCGUGGGUCAGAGUUGGCUCUAUCUUGGCACGUUGUAUGCCAAGAUCGGCCGCUGGCAUGAUGCCGGUAAGGUGCUUGCAGAUUCCGCGGACAUUCUCAAGGCGUGCCAGGACGAUACAAAGUCACUGCAAGGGCUCUGGCAGUUGCUGCCACGGGCCAUCGCCGAGUUGAGUAUGGAUUCCGGGUCCACCCGUUGUGUUAAGAGACUCCAAGAGACACUUUUCGAGUUGAGGCCAAUGUCCCCAGAACACAAACUCUUGCAGCUCCAAUUCGAAGCUACGUCUGCUUUGCAAGCCGGGAAGUACUCUGAAGCAGAAUCUCUUGUGAAGAGAUACCUUCAUCAGAUCAACGCCGAGGAAAGUAGCGAGGAGGCAGGACUGGGCUGUGAAUUGUUGGCAACCAUCUACAUGCAACGGCGUUGCUUUUUGCAAGCGGAAAGACUGCUUGACAGAGCGCGAGAUUGCGGGUGCUGUGGUCCUGGCACGAUCAUCACUAGAGCAGGACUUCUAGCAAAUACCUUCAGGCGGAAGGAAGCGGUUGCAAGCCUGCGGUGCCUGUUGGAAUCGGAAUCUGUUGUCGGCCAUUCGGAUUUGCAGGAAGUCGCUUUGCACAAUCUUGGGAGUUACUUAAUUGAUGAUGGCCAACUCAAGGAAGCAGAGGCUGUCAUGCGCAGGUGCCGCGAUUUGCGGUUGGAGAGUAAAUCUAUUGAGCUCGGAUCAACAUGUACCAAUCUCGGAGUGUGCAUCCUCAAACAAUCUGGUAGAGAACGAGUGGAGGAAGCUUUGGCUUUCUUGCAGGAAGCACUCCAGCUCGAAACGAUGCUUGCUGCUUCCUCCCUCGAGCGACGAAUGGAACUUGCUACAAAAACUUUCAAUGUGGCGAUCGGCCUGGUAGUCCAAGGUCAAAUAUGUGAUGCUGAAUUGCACAUGAUUCGUGCACUAGAGGGUCUCGUUGCAAGCUGUUGCGAAAUGGCUGGGGCAUCCAGCCUGCUGCAGUCAGGAACGCAUGUAGGCCUUGUUCGUGCAGACAUCUCUAUUUUGCUGAGCUUGAUUCUUCAAUUUGACCGGCAGCAGUCGGUGCCUGUUCUAUACAGACUGCUCCAGUGGCUCAAGGGUAUUGGAUUUCAGCUGGAAAGUUCGUGCUUGACUCAGGCUGGACAGCGUGCCAGCUUGAAUCAGCUUGAAAGUUCAACGGACAACAGCAGCGAAUCUACCUCUCACCGAGAGCAGCAAGCACACCCGCUGUCAAGACAUGAAGGAAGUUGCGCUGUGUUACAUCAUGGUGUCAUGUGUGACAAGUGCGAGAUGGCACCCAUCAAGGGAACAAGGUUCAAGUGUCAAGAUUGUCACAAUUACGACUUAUGCCGCGAUUGCUUUGAGCAAAGAGCAGCAUUCCACCAGCCCAGCCAUGCAUUUACUGACAUCAAGUUUCCCAGGUUUGCUGAGACAGAAGGUGAAGCGGUUGCUCCAGAUGCCAUGCUGUCCCUAACACAGCAGUUUGCUGUUGAUACUGGUCAGAUUCAGGGUGCCCUGCAGACGGAUGACCUGCUCCUCGAGUAUUAUGCAUACGAACCAACGUUACACUGGGAAGCGUUUGAGCUCACGAGGUCAUUACGUUAUGCUGUAUUUGCCAUCACUCCCACCACCGCACAUGUUGUCGACCUUGGUCUUGCAAGUGUCAUCAACGGGGCAGUCGAGGAGUUUCGCCGGCUUAUUGUGGAUGACUGCCAUUCGAAGUCAGAUCUGUUGACAGCAGGGCUUGGUUGUUACAAACUGUUGUUGGAAGCUGUUGAGCCGUUUCUCUCUUGCAUGAAGGGGCAUUUGUACAUUGCAGUGGAUGGGGAGCUAGGGCGAUUCCCUUUUUCCGCAGUGCCGAUGAAUCAGAAGGGCGAUAAAUUCCUUUUCGACCAUCCUAGUAAUUUAAGCUUUUUAAUCUCUGGGUGGGCGCUUCCUCGACUUGGUCACCAGAUGAAAGACAGUCUCCUUGCAGAUGCAAGGCGCCCAUGGGCAAUCAUCGGAGAUCCCAGUUUCAUUUUGGAAGAUCCUGUAAGCGAGGAGUCGCAGCAGGUUUCGCCGUCACAUGCUCAUGCUGAAGAUGUCUUCCGAGGCCGAGGUAUGGAAUUUAAAGCCCUGCGAUGGACAGCUGAAGAAGUUGAAGGCGUGAGUGCGGAGUGGGCAGGGCACAUGCAAGGAGACACUCGGCCCAGAGUGCUGACCAAGCAGGAUGCAACGGUACAGGCUGUCCUGGAGCUGGAAGCGCCCUCAGUUCUGCAUUUCGCGACUCACGGAUUCGUUUUGCAACUCACUGAACAUUACGUCAGGUGUCAUCCUCAUUGUUUGGUGGAUUGGCCCGCGAGUGAGGCUUGGGAGUGUGAUGCAUCCCAAUAUGAUGGAGGCUGUGCGUCAGGGAGGUGCAAGGGAAGCAAGCGUUACCGCUGCGUGCGUUGUGACUACGACCUCUGCGAGCACUGCUUGGCGGAGUACCGCUACUUUGUACGGCCAGGCAAUCGCGGCAAUCAUUCUCUUGGUGCUGGGUCUGAAAGCCGGCUUGAAGAGAUCCUGGUGAAAAAUGCGGUCAGUGACGCGUUCCUCAGGGUCGGUCUCGCACUGGCAGGGUCACAAAGCUUCCAGAAUCGCCAGGACACCCCACCAGACAUUGGAGACGGCUUGCUUACGGGCCACGAUAUAUUGAAAAUGCGACUGCAAGACACCUCGCUGGUGUAUUUGUCGGCUUGCGAACUGGCCCUUGGUUCUGCAGUCUAUGGAAGCGGAGUUGCAGGCGUCGGCAGAGCCUUCCUUGCUGCUGGAGCCCAGAAUUUGAUCAUGGCCUUGUGGGAUGUGUCUGACAAGCGCAGCAAGGAUAUUGCGAUUGGAUUCUACAAGGCUUGGUUGACAAAGGGAAUGUCCAUGGCAUCAGCGCUGCGCCAGCAGCAACAGCAACUUCGCGCAAGGUAUCCCUUCAGGCCCGUCGUGUGGGCGGCUUAUGUGUUCUAUCAUGGCUGCGAAGCGGCACAGCAGUUCCCAACUGAUGCUGCUCAGCCACAACAUCCCUGA